UUCGGAAUUCGGGACCCGGAAGUACUCUUUAAGUGUUGCUGAUAUUAUUCUCUUGACACGUAGCUAAGUUGGCGGAGUCCAGAGUAGAAUUGUUCUACGUUGCAGACGGUCAGAAAUGUCAGGGUUUGACAACCUCAACACAGAUUUCUACCAGUCCAGCUACAGUGUAGAUGACCACGGGCAACCUGCUGGAUAUGGCUACAGUAACACAGAAGAUCCCUACAAACAGGGUCAAUAUGGUCAGUAUGACUACUCCCAGCCAAUGGGAUACGCAGCCCCAGGGAUGAUGCAACCUCAGCAGCCCUACACCGGCCAGAUCUACCAGCCCACACCGGCCUUCACACCUUCCCCCACACAGUCCAUGUACGGCAGCAGCUUUGACGACGAGCCCCCGCUGCUGGAGGAAUUAGGCAUAAACUUUGACCACAUCUGGCAGAAGACCCUGACAGUGCUCCACCCCAUGAAGGCAGCAGACGGUAACAUUAUGAACGAGACUGACCUGGCUGGACCCAUGGUGUUCUGUCUGGCCUUCGGAGCCACCUUACUUCUAACAGGAAAGAUCCAGUUUGGCUAUGUGUACGGCAUCAGUGCCAUCGGCUGCCUGGGGAUGUACUGCCUCCUCAACUUAAUGAGCAUGACCGGCGUGUCGUUUGGCUGUGUCGCCAGCGUACUGGGCUACUGCCUGCUACCCAUGAUCCUCCUUGCCAGCUUCGGAGUCAUCUUGUCUUUACAAGGCAUGUUUGGAAUAAUCAUCGCAGCCACGAUAAUUGGCUGGUGCAGUUUCUCUGCUUCCAAGAUCUUCAUCUCGGCCCUGGCCAUGGACGGACAGCAGCUUCUGGUGGCGUACCCCUGUGCCCUCCUCUACGGGGUCUUCGCCCUUAUCUCUGUCUUCUAAAUGUUGUCGGUCUACACCAGGGUUCCCCUAACUCGGUCCUGGGGCACAUUUCCUUUUUUUGCCCUAGUACUACACAUGUUUUGAAUUAACCAACUCUUCAAGCUUUGAUUAUUUGAGUCAGUUGUGUAGAAAUCCAAAACCAAAAUGUGCACCCAGGUGGUGGGACCAGGACAUAGUUCGGGAAUCCCUGGUCUAGAACACUGUUUUCCAACUCCUAUCGUCCUGUACCUCUAACAGAACACAUUCUUCCUGUAGCCCUGGACAAGCACACCUGAUUCAACUUGUCAACUAAUCAAGCCCUCAUUGAGUUGAAUCAGGUCAGUUUGUCUGCGGCUACAACAAAAAAGUGUAUGCUAUUGGAGGUACUGAAGGACUGGCAUUGGGUAACACUGGUCUACACCCUGCAAACGGACCAACAAACCCAACUAACUUUAGGGCCUGUCAGAGGCCCUUCUGUGCUGCACCCCCAUCGCAGUGGUGUGGCCAGUUACCCUGUCUGUUGCAUUCCAUUUUUACACCUGCUUACACGGGUCCGCGCAAAAGUAUAAAUUCCAAACCCCUUCUAUUCAGGACUAAGGACCCAUCCACAGACCACCACAGAAUCUUCUAUUCCAUGUAAAGCUUCUUUAUUCUGUAUGUUUGUUAAUUAGAUUUAUUUGAGCCUUGAGGCCUUCAGAAAAUGGUUUGCACAAUUAUUUUCAAUUUUAUUCAACAAUAGAGCAGUUAGUUAAUUCUGUCGGCCCUCUCAUGCAUACAUGCACGCACAUCUGGGUACUCUGAGGUCAACUUGCAACUCGGAAGAGACAUAUCUUACAAAGCUGAAAUGGUUUUAAAUUGCUGAAACACCAAAGCUCUGUGCCCUUCCCCACUAUAUUUCCCAGCCCUAGACGCAUGGCCUAACAGUGAGCCUCCUUAGCUAACUACAUGUGGUCAAGGGUGUGUUAGUUAUGCAGCUUGUGUGAUUGUAAACUUUGGUCAGUCAGUGCCUGCGUAAUGACAGCUGCACACAUGCAGACUCAAAGAAUUUAUGUCCCAAAAAAACAAGAUGUUUUUUCAUUUUCUCUAUUGAUCAGUGGGAACCAGCUGUGUGCCUCAUGACCUAGUUUUUGUUCAUAUUUACCGGCACAUUUAUUUUUAUUGUAAAAUGAUAGUUUGUUGAUCACAUUAAAGCUGAAAUAUGAAACCUUUUGGGCGACCUGACCAAAUUCACAUAGAAAUGUGAGUUAUAGCUCUGUCAUUCUCAUUUGAAAGCAAGUCUAAGAAGCGGUAGAUAUGUUCUUUGUACGCUAUUUCUAUGCUUUCCUUAAGUUUCACUGUGUAAUGGUAUUGUACUACAGGUUGUUAAACCACACACGAAGGAGCUCACAGAUCCUGAGUUUUGUCUCCUACACCUUAACUUAAAUCCUUAUUUUCAUGCAGUUUGCAUUUAAUCAGUUUUCUAUUGUUUUCAACCCUGUUCCUGGAGAGCUACCAUCCUGUAGGUUUUCACUCCAACCCUGUUCCUGGAGAGCUACCAUCCUGUAGGUUUUCACUCCAACCUUAAUCUAGCGCACCUUCUAAUAGUUAGCUGGUUGAUAAACUGAACCAGGUUAGUUACAACUGGAGUUGGAGUGACAAUCUACUACAGGAGGGAGGGUUGGAGACCCCCCUGCUGUAGGCUGCGUUGAGGGUUUUUUUGGCUUCAGGUUGAAAGUUUCGGUCUUUUGCCAUUCACUUUGGACUGAUAUUAAAAUGUGGCUUUGGAAUUUUGGUUUCACACACAGGUGUCAUCUGAGAGGCUGUUAAUGAGCACAGGGUUUUAAGGUCAUUGGGUUUUUUUUUUUGGUUUUCCUAUAGAUUUGUUUCUGUGCUAAACCUGAGCUCCUCAAAUGGAUGCGUUUUUAUAUUUUUGCCCUCUUAAGCAAAAUGCGGCAAUGAAUAUGGAGUGCUUUUCAAUUUCAACAAAUGUUAAGGGGAUACUGCAUUUCAAAAAACCCAGAGUAAAUACAGUAAGUAGCCUUUUCACGAGCUAGCUGGAACGGCUCAUAGGAGCAGAUCUCCUGAGGUAGCUUGACGUACAAGUAUACCCCCUGGACAGGAUGCUAGUCUAUCGUAGGGCCUUACCCAAAAUCUAUCUCCUUAAUGCUGAGUGCCAGGCAGCAAUGCAUCGUGUCCCAUUCUUAGUCUCUUUGUAUGAUGCGGCCAGGGAUCAAACUCCCAACCUUUCAAUCUCAGGGCGGACACAAGGCCACUGAGCAAUUACAGUGCUGCUCUUAUAUGGCCAAGUAUUUAUAUACUGUAUCAUUUGUUUUGUACAUCAAAGUCGAUGUUGUGCUUUUGUCAUGUGGAAAUUCUUGAUAGAUGGGCGUCGUGCUUGGGUGGUUUUAUCUGCCACUAUCUAAAUAAAAUAUCUCAUGUCA